AUUGGUAGAACAAGUGGCAACUCUGGCAGUCUGGGCGUAGUUUUGUGACUCGAGGAAGGAUACGGAGAGAGCAUGGAUUUCAACAGAUGGUUUUGGAUUAACCUUCUGACUGUGUUCGGCAGUCUUAUAGCGAGUGGUUUUUCGGAGAGUGUAUGGCCUUCAGAGUACGAUUCGGAUCAUUCGGAACCCGACCUACUGCAAAAGUACAACAAUGAUAAUACCUGGGAUACACCAAACACAGGAGAGAACUACCCGUCAUUGCUUUCACUGCUAAAACGGGGAGGAAUGGGAGUACCACUGGAAGAUGAAUAUCAGCGAUUUCCAAGAAUAAAGGACAGGGUCAUUAUCCCAUUCUUUUCUUAUGGUAGUAACCUUGGCUACGGAAGGCCGCGUAUAUCAGCGGCAUAUCGUCCACAAGUACAGAUUGGCUACAGUCCCUGGAAUGUAGGAGCAAUGCGUUCAUCAAACCGGUUUCUGUCCAGAGCUGCUGGACCCUAUUCGUCAUACUAAAACAUGGAUUCCGCCGAGCACAAACCAUUCGGAGCACCUCGGCCAUUUUUAUCGAAAACAACCUCGGAUGUAUUUGGACGGUUUACAUACUCAUAAAGCGGUACGUUUAAGUCCGCUGCAAGUAGAUCGCGUAGUAAUUGUAUUUAGCAGUUAAACUUUAUGACUUUACUCAUGGGAAUCUUAAUUAUUUUUGCAAUAAUACACUUCACUGGCAAUCAAUUUAAACUUAGAUCAAUAAAUACAACUCUAAAACACUACAUUUCAUUAAUGAUAUAAUUAAAACAAAUACGAACUACUUCAAAUUAUGUACCGGCAUACAUCCGAGGUUGUGUUUGAUAAAAAUGGCGGAGGAGUUCCGAAUGGGGCACAAACAACCGAUGUAUUAUUCACGAGCCUGCAUGUGAAAAUGUUGUGUGUUUUUUAAUGUUCAUCAUUGAAAUGUUGGUCUGUCUUUGCAUUGCCAAUUAUACCACGACAACUAGUGAAAUGAGAAGAACAUGCUCGGAACUUCCAUCGUUUUGUGUCUGUUAUUUUCUUUUGACACCAUUGAUAGAACACAUAGGACAUAACUUAAACAAAUUACGAACAUGUAUAGUCUUGAGGUCACCAAUGCUUACGAAGUGUUCCGUAAAAUGAUCAUUAAUAUAGAUACGUAUUUUAAAUAUAAAGCUUAUGUUCUUUUGUAUACACAAUGUGUACUUGUUUGUUGGUAUGUUUUAUUACACGAUAAACAUGUCUACAUACGAA